AUGGGGCUGGCUGGUGGAGCUGCUGGACUGGUAGCAUCCAUGGUGUUGGGUUCCAAUGAAAGGCAGGAUUUGUGGGAAGGGUCCAGCCUUUUCAAAUCUGCCUUUUGCGCUUUCACUGAGCAUUUAAAGGGAUCCUUAAAGCUCUCACCGCACUGGCCACAGACUUCCUUUAGGUCAGCCCAGCUGCGGCUGCGACACAACUUGCAGCCAAGUCGCAAACACUCUUGUGCCAUUGAGACUGCUCCGGAGGAGAGAAAUGCCAGCCUGAGAUGGGAGACCCGCGCAGGAUGGAGAACUCAGCUUGGAGAGGAGCACUGUUGUGAGCACCUACUGGUCCUGAUCCCUGGUGAUCCAGAUGGACAGUCCAUCCCCAUAGCCUCGUGGCUUUUUUGUACCUGUCAGCUGCUUGGCAGCCUCAUCUCGCACCACCGAGUGCGGGGUGCUGCCACCAUGAAGGACUUGGUCAAGUGCCCAGUGCUGAAGACACACCUGUGCCAGGAAUGCGGCAGAUCCUUCAGCAAGAAGGGAAACUUGAAGAGACACCAGCGGAUCCACACGGCAGAGGAGCUCUUCACUUGUGGAGAGUGUAGGAGGCGCUUCACCACCCGGGGCCACCUCACGACCCACCAGAGCAUCCAUACGGGAGAGAAACCCUUCUGCUGCGGGGAGUGCGGGCGCUGCUUCCGCCUGGAGAUCUGCCUGGCCGCCCACCAGAAGACCCACGCCAAGGGUGGGCCCUACCUCUGUGCCCGCUGCGGCAAGAGCCUCAGCACCAAGAUCUACUUCAACAUCCACAUGCGUACGCACACGGAGAAGAGGCCGUUCGCUUGUGCCGAGUGUGGGAAGAGCUUUGUGAAGAUGGGGAUCCUCACUGCCCACAGGGAGAUCCACAAGAGGGAGAAGCCCUUCAAAUGCCCCGACUGCAGUAGGUGCUUUGGGCAAAGUGCCACGCUGGUGGCCCAUCAGAAGAUACACCUCCGUGGGGGACCUUUCAUUUGUACCGAGUGUGGGAAGAGCUUGAGCACCAAGCAGUAUUUUAACGUCCACCAGAGGAACCAUGCUAAGCAAAAGCUGCUGAAGGGACACAUCAAUGGUGUGUCUCUGCAGGUCAUCCAGAUUAAAGAGGAGCCUGAUUUUGCCUUCAGGUCAGAGGAGAAUAUGUUGGAGGAUAUGUCCCAUGAAGGAGAUGUAGCCCAGGGGUGCAGCAUACCUAGAAACCCACCUAAUCCAAAAAGCCCUCCUUGGAAAAUCCAGAUGAAGGAGGAACCAGACCCACCCACUGAUGACACAGCAAACAUUACUGCAAUAGCCUGCCAGAAACUUUACAUUCAGGAAGAGCCACCAGAAAACCCAGACUAUGGAAAGCUCUUUGAUCCAAAGAUCCCACUGAUGGUUUUACAGGGGAUACAGCUUAAAAAGGAAGAAGAUGCUGACAGGCAGCAUGAACAGGAAAUCAGUAACUGGGUAUUCCACGUAAAGGAAGAACGACAGGAAAGUGUUGAAUUAAAGAGGAACCUGAGUGAGCGGAUAUUCCCCUGCCCAGAGUGUGGGAAGACUUUCAGUCAUAAAUCCAACCUGACCAGACACAGGAAGAUCCACACGAGCGAGGGGCCGUACAAGUGCAGCGAGUGUGGGGAGAGCUUCCGCAUGAACCGCAAGCUGAUCCGCCACCAGCGAGUCCACAUGAGCGAGCCCUUCAAAUGCCCCGAGUGUGGGAAGAGCUUCACCCAGCGAUCCAAUCUGGUUCGGCAUCAGAGGAUUCACACCAAGGAGGAGCCCUACCAGUGCCCUGAGUGCGAGAAGACCUUCAACCAGAAGGCCAACCUCUUCCGUCACCAAACAAUCCACGUUCGCAUGGGGCCUUGCAAGUGCACCAAGUGUGGGAAAUGCUUCCCCCAGAAGCGCCACCUGAUUAAACACCAGCUGCUCCACUCUCGAGGUGGGGCCUACAAGUGUGGGGUCUGUGGGAAGCGCUACCGGCUAAAGAGGUACCUGAGGAGGCACCAGAAAAUCCACGCACGGGAAGGAACUGCUCCCUGCACAAAACUGGGAGAGGCCAUGAGGACUCGCAGCGGACCCCACCAUACUGAACAGCGAGUGCUGGGCCCCGUGAAGAGCAAAGAGGAGAGCUGA